AAAAGAAAAGAAAAAUGAAGAGAAAGUUUGAUUAAAUAAUAAAUAUCACAUCUUCUCCUACCAUUAGCCCUUUUGAUAAACCACCACCACCACCAACCACAUCCUGUGAAACCCUAGCCACACCACCAAUCGCCGCCUACUCUUCCAUCUACACCAGAUUUGGAAUGAAACCGGAUCGGGUCUACCUCUAGAUCCGUUCUAGGUUAUUUCUUUAGAUUCUUCAAAUCCAGAUGCCCCCGAGAUUCAUCAUCAUAACACAUAAAAGCCACGAGCCAUGUCUCUGUUUCUAAAAGACGAUUCGAUCCAAAUCCGGGAAGUGUGGAGCGAUAACCUGCAGGAGGAGAUGGAUCUGAUCCGAGGAGUCGUCGACGAUUUCCCUUACGUGGCCAUGGACACGGAGUUCCCCGGAAUCGUCGUCCGCCCCGUCGGUACCUUCAAAUCGAACGCCGAUUACCACUACGAGACCCUCAAGCUCAACGUCAACAUCCUCAACAUCAUCCAGCUCGGCCUCACCUUCUCCAACGAGCAAGGCGACCUCCCCACCUGCGACAACGACAACAAGUACUGCAUCUGGCAGUUCAACUUCCGCGAGUUCGACCUCGACUCCGACAUCUUCGCCGUCGACUCCAUCGACCUCCUCAAGCAAUCCGGCAUCGACUUCGCCAAGAACACCCGGGAAGGCAUCGAGUCGAGGCGAUUCGCUGAGCUGCUCAUGUCCUCGGGGAUCGUGCUCAACGAGAACGUGCACUGGGUCACCUUCCACAGCGGUUACGACUUCGGGUACCUGCUCAAGCUCCUCACGUGCCAGAACCUUCCCGAUUCUCAGACCAGCUUCUUCGAGCUCAUCAACGUUUAUUUCCCGAUGGUGUACGAUAUAAAGCACCUGAUGAAGUUCUGCAACAGCCUUCACGGGGGGCUGAACAAGCUGGCGGAGUUGCUGGAGGUGGAGAGAGUUGGGAUCUGUCACCAGGCGGGGUCCGAUAGUUUGCUCACCUCUUGUACUUUCAGAAAGCUUAAGGAGAAUUUCUUCGUUGGUCCCUUGCAGAAAUAUGCUGGUGUUUUGUAUGGCUUAGGUGUUGAAAAUGGUCAGGUUGCUCUCUAAUAUCUUUAUUAAUAAAAAAAUAGUAAGAAAAUUUCAAAUAAUAAGUUCCUUCAAAGUUC